GUAACCGUUAAAAGAAACCGCUCGAAAUACAAACUUUUGUUUCAUAGCGAAAUUGUUCACAGUCCCACUCAAUCAUGGCGUUCAGAAUUCAGUUGCUCUCACCCAUUUCCCUGCUCUUCGCCUUCAUCUUCCAAGUUCCACAUCCCGUCAACUCAUCAGAUGAACUGCCCAAAUUUGUCUUCAGUUGGAUGGACAACGACAACAACAACCAAUUCCUAGCCGGGGAUUUAGCGACCAUCAGGAUAAAAGUGCUCGGAGAAUUCUCCGGCGGUUUCAGCCCUGUUCUCACUGUCAAUGAUAAGGCCGGGAAUAGCUGUUACAUCUCAGGAAUUCUGGUGGAUACUGCAAGCAAUGACACGAAUUCUUGGAGGAUUUCGUUCACUCCCAUCUUGGCGGGAUCGUUUAACAUCGUUAUUGUCGAUGCCCCUUUGAAAGUCUUCGAUUCGUCUCUCCAUUAUCAAGUUGCGCCAGGGAAAAUAUAUCCUUCUGUUUGCAUUGCGACAUGGAUGGAUUCAAUAAGUGAAUUCACUGCUGGGAGUAAAGCUGUGGUCUUUAUAGUUCCUAGGGAUGCAUUUGGGAACAAUGUUACUCAAACUGGUGAGGAUUUGAAUCCUUACAAUUUCACAGUCUCUGUGCUUUAUGUGAACGGUUCUGUUGCAACCGUGCCUAACAUCACGAGCACUGGUUGGAAUGAGUUCGGUUUCAUCUUUGUUGAGUUUCUUGCUACAAAAGCUGGGACGUUUUUGUUGGAUGUGCAAGGGGGGAAUCAGACCUUGAAUGGUUGCUCACUGUCAUUGAAGGUGAAUCCAGGACCUCUAGAUGUUUCGAAUUGCCAGGCCAGGUGGAAGAUUGAAACAAAUGUGUGGCAGAUAUACUCUAAAAUGGAGAUUUUCAUUCACCAGAGAGAUCAAUACGGAAACCUUGUCCCUGGAUUGUAUGAAUUUGAUGCUGAUAUUGUUGAGAAAGGGACCCGUAUGUUAGUACCUGUUGCGGAUUUGCGCUUUGAAGAAAUGCUGCCUGGAAUUCAGCUGUUGUCUUUUGGGUUAUUUGAGCCAGGAAGUUUCUUGCUCACAGUAUCUGAUUUCAAUCAUAGCACAAAUAUCUCUGGAAUGCCAUUUGACUACAUGGUCUUUAUAGGUUACUGUGAUGGAUCAGCAAGCAUUGUCAACGGAACUGGUUUGAAUGAUUCUGUUGCCGGUCAAGCUGCAAAAUUUUCACUCUUUCUGAUCGAUGCCUUUCAAUAUCCAGCUUUUGUUGAAAUAGAAAGCAUAAGAGUGCAAAUUGUGAGGGCAAAUGAUUCCUACUAUGUCCAACCCAGCAUCUUUCCAGUUUUUAAUGGAAACAGAUCAACUGAAAGAACGAAAUUUGGUUCCAUCGGUCAAGUGGAAAGUUCCCCUGCCUAUUCUGCUGAUUUGAGCCACUUGUAUGCUGGACACAGUAAUGUCCUUGCCAGUGGGUUCGAUGUGGUUUAUACCCCUGAAAGGAGCGGGACUUACGCAAUCUUUGUAUUCUGUGGUAAUGUUCUACUGAAUGGCGGCCACUCGUUCAUAAAGGAAGUUAGACCAGGAGGUGUUAAUUUAUCACUCUCUGGAGUAGUCAAAUUUUACCCGAAGGUGGCGAAGCUCAUUCAGAACGACAUAGAGGUGCAAUUGAUGGACUCAUUUUCUAAUCCGGUGCCACUUCUACAGUCAAGGCUGAAGUUGGAGAGUGCUUCUGUUAACAGCUCUGGAUUCUCAGCUGGGAUGUUCAAGGAUAAAGAUAAUGGCUCUUAUACUUGUGGCUAUCUGCUUAAAAAUGUUGGAACUUAUGAGUUCUGUGUUUCAUUCGAUGGACAACGUUUUUCAACCUGCCCCAUCAAGGUCAAUGCAUAUGGUGGUGAUUUUUUUCCAAAAGCUUAUGACGACUAUGUUGCAGUGUCCGAGGAUGAGUCUAUUGCCUUUGAUGUAUUAGGAAAUGACUUCUUUGCUGGAAGUAAUGCAAGCAUAACUCAGUUCUCAAACCCAGGUCGUGGUUCACUUCUGCUGAAUGGACAUGUCUUUCGAUACACUCCCUACAAAGACUACUAUGGAGAUGAUUCUUUUGUCUACACCAUGUCCGAUGUGAACGGAAACUUCGCUACUGCUGCUGUGAACAUUUCAGUUCUUAGCAUCCCUCCUCGGUUUACUUCAUCUCCAAGCGAAGUCCAUGCAACUGAAGACACGAUAAGUCCCCAGUUUGGGGGUUUCCCUGGGUUUGAGGUAAGAUAUUCAGAAUUGGCCGAGGAUAUCACAGUCACUCUUGGGGCACGGUCUGGCACUGUGCUUUUGUCUCCUGUGUUAAUGCAAUUUUUCCAGCCCAUUUCUGGACAACUGGCUGUCGAGAAAGGGGAAGGAGGAAAUAUUUUGAUCUUGAAGGGCCGUGUCGAUGUAAUCAAUUUAGCGCUUCAAUCUGUUCAGUAUGUCGGAAAUGAGAACUUCAAUGGGAAUGACUCUCUUCGAGUUUCAGCUGGCAACACUAAUGGGCAAACGAAUUUGGAUAUCCCAGUCUUAGUAGAACCCAUUAAUGAUCCUCCAUUCAUUAAUGUCCCUAGGUAUCUCAUCUUAAAGGGUAAUGGAGACAGGUCCCUGAUCUUUGAUAAGAAUAGAGACGACUUUGAGUUCUCCAUUGGAGAUCCUGAUCUUGCCUACUAUCCUGGUAGUGAGUCGCAGUUUAUAUUUGCAUUUUCUGUGGAAGUUGACGUUGGAUAUCUAGAAACUAGUCUGCCAGCUCAGCUCAGCCUUACUACUGAAUUGAAGCUACAUAGUAGUCAUAUGUGGCAGCCUCUUCAGACAUAUGUAACUAUCUCAAGACACUUUCUUGUCAGAGCCAGUGGAGUAAGAUUCCGAGGAACAGUGAAUGAUUGCAACAACGUCCUACAACAACUGUCUUAUAAUGGUGGAGAGCAAGUUGCUCUCUUGACGGUGAAAGUAAACGAUAUGGGACACUAUGGCUGUUCUUCUGCAGACUGUGUUGAAAGGAUUUCAGUGCCCAUGUUUGCUGAGGCUACUGUUAGUCUUGUCCAGGGAAGACCAAUGGGCUUAUUGGCAACACACAGCAUAGGAAUAGCCGUUAUUGUCGAAUUUAUCAUCAUGUGUACCCUUGGGGCAAUCCUAUUGUUCUUCACAUGCAAAUGUGCAUUCCUUCUUGUGCAUGACAGAAGAAAUCCUAAAGCCUGGAACUUUAAGGCAUCAACAGCUCAAAACUUCGAGGCUAAAACUCAAAAUGCCGAUCCUUCUGGGGACAGAACAAACAGCAAUUUAUGUUGUUCCACCCCCUUCUUGCAUUGUGGCCAACCUUCUAACUUCAGGAAACGGGCUCGUCUUAACUAUGAACUUGAAGAACCUGGGAAACAUGAAGUCUGUAACCAUCAACCUUCUAGCGUGCUCAUUCAACAAUAUUCUGUUCCUAGCUUUGCGCCACUUUCUAUUGAGAAGGGAAAAUGUUAAAAGGAAUAUUUAGGUGUAUUUGUGAGAAAUGUUAGAAUUUGUGGAAAAGAUACACAUUGAAAUCAUUGAUCUCAUAACUCUCACUCAUGCUGUGUCAUUCACGCCAUUUCAAGGAACUAAUAAAGCAAAAAUAUAGAA